AUGCUGUUCCUCCAAUCGCUAUGCAGACUAUUGGCUGCCACCCUACUGGCAUUUGGCAUUGCACACGCCGAUCAACAAAUGCCUUUGGGCCAACAUGCGGCCAAGAAGACCAUCACAUAUACAAUCCUUUCGACACGCACAAGAUAUGCCUUUCGACCCCAUACAGCGACGAUGAUGCGGCCAACACCCACGCUAUCUGCUCCGUGGCUUGCACAACUACACAAGAAACAGCGAAAGGACAACUGCGACGAGACUGCGUGUGCCAUGUGCAAGUCCUCAUCCCAGUGUGAUACGACGAAGUCCACCUGUACGGAAUGCGAUGCAAAGCCCUACUGCGAUUGUUGA